AUGCUUCCUCAACUAUCAAGUCACGUGCAAGGAUCUGCACAAAACCAACAACUAAUCCAUUUUGAUGAACUGGCUGCAUUCCUUGAAAGCUCUGCGCAAGCUCCUCACAUUUUGAACGGUCUUCAGGCAGGGGACAAGCCACACUACCCUGGACCAGUACCAAUUUUUUAUGACAACAAUUGCAACUAUGACGAAGUUUUCCAGCAACAGAACUCACAAGAAUUAUUCCCUCUAAUUCGCGAUGGCGGUUUACACAACUCGAACAUGAACAAAGAGAACCAUUUCGAAGAUUCAUGGAUGCCGAUGGCACCAAUAACCGAAAAUGAAAAUGUUUCAUAUGGCAUCAACCAAGAUGAUAAAAUGUCACAAGCAGCACAGUCCAAUAUCCCAUCAGGAAAGGCUAAAACAAAACGAGAGAGAAACAGAAUUGCCGCUGCAAAGUCUCGACGUCUGGAAAAAGAAUUAAUGAGAAAAACGCAAGCAAUUUACGAGACGAAAAAGAUUACCCACGAACAAUUGUGUGCAUACAACAAUUCAAAUGAUUCGCUUUUCAAAACAGCGGUUGAGUCGGUUUUACACCCCUGUAUCAAUAAUAACGAGAUUAUUCGAAAUUAUCAAGAAGUUAACGGGUGUUUGGAACACUUUGAAAAUGAUAAAAUUCGUAUCAUUGAGGACGUUGAGAACAUUAAGAAGCAGGAUGUUAAACUGAAAAAAAUCGAGAAAAAUCUGAAAGAAUCUAGAAAAGAGCUGAAAGAGGCACACCAAGAAUAUUUGAACAGGAAGGAACUGGCUAAAAAAGGAAACAAGAGGGAAGGAACAUACAUGAGCCAUUGGUCUCGUACGAAGACAAAAACAAAUCUAUUGGAGAAAAAAUUCAAUACGCGGGUAUUGGAAUUUGAGAUAUGGAAACAACAAAGAAUUGCUACCCGCUUCAAGGAGUUCUGGGACGCGUUUGAUUCGGAUCUUAGAUUUCUAGUUAGAAACUACGGAUAUUUUUUACGGGCUAGAGCACAUGACAACGACAAAUUACGUGAACUCUUACUUCUAUUCCAAAAAUAUCCAUCGUAG